AGUCUUCCUCGCGUCAUAUUUUGUUGCACUGGUAUACCUGUAAUUAUUCAUUCGAUGUGUGCUGGCGAUAAUCUCGCAGUUCGUAUGGGAACAAGCAUGCAUUAAACGAACAUUACCCCUUUAUGUUUUCAAAAUAACAAAAACAGGCUGAUUUUGUGUGAUAUCGUUUUAUCGAUGGUGUAAUAUGGGCGUUCCAUGUUCAUUUUGAUAUUAUCUUCAUGCUGUGUUCCCGUUGUGAAGAAUCGAAUUUGUACAAAUGGGCAUUAAUCCGACGGAAUUACGUUCACUGGCUGCGAAAUCUUCGUGUAUACAAGUGGUGCACGAAUGGGCCAGAAAUGAUGAAAUGCCAGCCAUCGAUAUUUGGAAAAAGGAAGAAGACGACGAUACAUGGUGCCCGGAUCACGAAUGGUUUAUUCGGCAAAUGAACGAAAUGCAGCUACCCGGCAGCCCAGUGAUUCCGAAUUUAGUUCGAGAUCAAAUCAAAUACCAUAUGACGUCGAUUUUGAAGCAGGUUACCCAAUGGAUCUAUUACCAUCAUCGUAAAAAUUUCUUCCACGAUGAACCGGCAUCUCCGUUGAAAGAAUACCUGCUGAAAUUGAUUUGGAAACCGGAUCGAUCGAUCGACUACGAAGCUACCGCAAAAAACGUGUUGGCUGGCUCGAAUUUUAACCCAAUGGAGAAGUAUAGAUUCGCUUGCACGUAUUGUUUCCCAGAAGAUGUGCGAAAUUUGAAAGAUAUGGCGAAGGUAGCGAUAGAUUGGUGUUUCGAAGAAGAACCUUUGCUGGUUUAUUGGAGUAAAUACUUGACCGAUCAGUUGCAUACGAUAACUUUACCGGCGAACGAUUCAAUCGAAGAGAUCAUGUUUGCUAAAGCUUUGAAUGAAUACGAUCUUUGGCAGCCCAUAAAGUACUUUUUUGGCAAAUUGAAUUCGGGUGCUAGAUUAUCGAAGUGUAACAACGUUAUCUUGAACACACGUGCAAAAUAUCAAAAAGAACUACUGGCUUUACUGAAUGAAUGCGAGAGAAGUUCCGUGUACCAGGCUAAUUUGGCAAAAAUCAUUUACAAUUAUUGCGUGGAGUUGCAGGACUUCGAAAGUGUUCGACAGAUUCAUAUCGAAAUGAAAGAUAAGUGGAGUUUCGAAGAUUUGGGUAUAAUUAUUUGUGACACGGCGUUAUGGUCGAUGGUAUCUCCUCAAUUUUUCAACGCACUGACACCGUUAUUAAUGGAAAUUUGGAACGAUACCAGCGACGAGGAUAAACGUCGGGUAGUCUCAACUGGCUUGCGAUCAUGUAUCGCCAAAAAAUGGAACGAUUUGAUUAUGGAACACGUGGAGUAUUAUUACGACAAUAGAGACCUAUUCCGCAAUCCUUUGGUGUUUUUUUGUGCCUUGGCUGAAGCUCACGAACCACUAAAUUUCCUUCGGUCGAAUUUUGAUUGGCUUGUAAUCUGGCAACCGCGCGCUUUAGCAGUGGAAUUUAAAAGACGAAUUUCAAUUCAAUGACGAGGAUGUAUAGUAAUUAAAGAAGGGUUAUAUGUAUCGUUUUGUUACUCCGAUAUUAUAUAUGUAGUUAAGUAUUUUACCAUUUUGGUGCUAAUACGGAACUUGAGCCAUGGUGUUGCGUGGGUUUGUCGAAACGGUAGUCGAUGGUUGAAUUUUUGAAGUUGUUAGUAAUAUUGUAAUGUGUAGUUUAUUUUGUCUGUGAUCAGUGUGAUUCUGAAUUUUUUUUGUAAAUAUUGUGAGUAUUUCAACCGAUUCAAUUAUCGUAAUAAAUUUGCGAUGUGUUUGCUGGAA